ACUUUUUUUGGCACAAUCAUUUGGCAAAUGGCAUUGCUUUUGCUUGGUUCGGACUUCAGAGUAGUGUUUAUCGGUCCGGCUAUUAUACUUAUUGCAUUUAACCGAUAACGCAGUAAGUCUUAAUAGAUACGAUGAUUGUGAACUAAAAAUUUGGAUACCUGCUGAAUUUGCUACGAAGCUUUAUAGAACUACCAGCAACAAUCAGCUACAUAUAAAGCCGGGGUUGUAUUGGUAAUAGACGCCAACAUGUCGGGCAAAUCUUACACCAUGAGAGAAAUGAAAACUAUAGUGGAUUAUUUAGUUGAUAACAAAUUAUAUGGUGAAAUCAAGGGUAGGAAGAUGUGGAUGGAUUUUGCAAAUAGUAAGCUUACCAACCGAACAUGGCAGAGUUUAAAAGAGACCUUUAUUAAACGUGUUCUCCCAGACAUACAUAAUCCUUACUACAGAUUAACUAUAGAACAGAUCAACAGUUUCCGCUCAGGGUAUGAUAUUGUGGAUAGAAAUAAAGCCAAACUAGAAGUACAUACCAUAAGUGAUGACUCCAACUCUAACGGGCAAACUGAGAUUGAUAAUGUUAAAGAAUCAACAAGCAAUGGAAAUAAUCAUGAAGGGGAGACCACUGCAGGUGAGAAUAUUAAAUGUUCAAAGAUCUUACCACAAACUAGAUCUUCUGCUGAUACUGUCAUACUAGAACCUUGCUAUGAAACAGCUGAAGAUAUACUGAAGGAAUUAGAAUCCAAUGAUAAGGUUCUACCUGCUUCAAACAAUUCGCUACCAUCAUCAAAGUCUCUUAGGGACUGUAUUACAUAUUCAGAGCCUUUAACACCAAUGCUUCAAGAAGUACUUGAUGAUUUUGCAUCUGAACCAGAAGAUUCAGAUAGAGAAGCUCCUAUGCAAAUUGUUGAAACAGCGCAAGACACUGAAAAUACAGAUGAUUUAACAGAGAUGCCUGAAGCUGACUGUACUAUUCCCAAGUUAACAACUUUAGCUACAGACAUAGUUAAAAGUGCGACGGAACUUUCUACUGAAGUUACAGAAGAAGUACUGGUUCAUGAGGUAGUUGGGAGUAAACCUGAAAAAUCAUCACCUAAAAAACAAACUCAAAAUGCAAAAGCUGAAGAAGAACUAGAAUCUAUGAAUAAAGACGAUGAUUCCUCAAAGGAUAUCAUAGAAAAUGGUAAAGAAGAAGCAAAUGAAAAUUCAAAACAAGAUAAUUUAGAAAACGUUGCAGAACCAGUGAAUGGCGCUAUAAAUGAUGAAGUACCAGUGUCUAAGGGCCGACAUUCAGACUCUAUGUUUGACUCAACUUCUCAAAACCAAAACAUUCACAACACUUCAGGAGGUACUGUUGAUGCUUCUCUUCCAAAUAAUCCAGAAGCUUUUAAAAAUAAACAGUCACAAAUGACUGAAAACAAAACUAAGACAUCACCUGUAAAACUAAAAUCUGUAGAAGUUGCAAGUAAUUCUGCUACAAAACAAAUAACAAGUAGAAAAAGAUCUUCUUCUGUAGACCCUACAAACCCGACAGAAAUCGAAAAAAAGAAAAAGAAAUUGGAAGGAAGAUUGAAAGGAUCAUUAAAGGUCUCUAAAAAAGCGAAAUCUAGAGCAGUAACUCAAUCCGGCAUAAAAAUAAUAGAUGACAAAUUUGAGACGGCUGAAUUAAAGCCUAUCAUUAGAGACGUCGAACAAGUAAUCGAUUUAGACACAAUACAAGAAAUAGACACAAUACAAGAAAUAGACACUAACAAAAACGUUGAUAAACCAUCAACAAGCUCUAACAAAGAAGACAUAAAACUUCAACAGCAACCAUCAAUAGAGCAGAGCCCGAAACAACAAGAACCCGAAAUUAAAAACCCAUGUUUACAGAAUAUCAGCCUUUAUGAUGAGCAUUUAAACAAGACUAAAUACAACAUGUCUGAAUCUAGUGAUACUGAGCAGAAUAAAAAGGAGACUAGUGAAAACACACAAGAAGGGACAUCUAAAGAUGAUCGAUCAUCAAAGCCUAGCAAUGUAGUGCAAAUCCCCUCUGAGUCAGAUGCUGAUCAAACUCGCUCCCCUCCAAAGAAGAAGCAUCGGCCUGGCGUGCUGACGUCAAAGUCAGAGAGAGACAAGGCUGUGUCAAAUAUGUUUGGACAAAGUGGUGGAGUCAGUUCGAAACGUAGGAGACAGUUGAACAGACGUAGCAGAACAAUAUCGCAUAAUAAUGUGCAACAGAAUGCACAACACUCGAAUUCAAGUGAAUGGACAUCGGAAUCUGAAAGUGAGACGUUCAUUUCUCCUCCGCGCAGCCGAAGGAAUAGACCAACAAGGAAAUACUUAAAACCACGAUCUGCUAAAAUAUUAUCUUUAGAAGAAGAAGGCGGACUAUUUGUGAUGUACGGAAAGAAGAUAUAUCCGAUUGUAAAAGACGGUAAAAUCGUCAAGAAUUACCUUACGUAUGUACCAGAAAGUGACUCUGAAGAAGGUGAGUCUUAUUGGAAGCAGAAGUAUGAAGAGGAAAAGAGAAAAGCAGCUGAGUUUAAAAAGUUAUUGCAAGAAGUAAAAGAGCCACAGGCAAAUCCACCUGAUCCGCCUGCUAAUCCUUUAAGGAACGCUAUUUCGAAUACCAAUCAAGUUCAAGAAACAUCCAAUGGCAAUGAUAAUUAUAAUCAAACACGCUUACCUAUAGAAGAAAGAAAAGAAGCGAGUAAAGUUCACCCCCCAGAGAAGAUUAAAAUCAAAUUUACUAAAAAUAAUGAGGAGGUGCACCUGGAGGGCCACUGGCCGGAGAUCCACCCCGUGCUGGAGCAGGUCGUGCAGAUCUUCCACAAGGAGGCCGAGCCCGCCGCGGCCGGCCCGCCAGCCCCGCCAGCCCCGCCCGCCGCCCGGGCCUCGCGCCAGCUGCCCGCCCCGCCCAGCCAACACAAGGACGGCGGCAGCGGUGGCUCCACGCCUAUUAUCAUCACUCCCAUAGAUCCAGAAAUACAUGAGAAGGUGAAUGAAAUUGAGAAGGAAAUAUUCAAUGAGAUUGAACAAAGGGACAAGGAAGAGGAAACUACGCCGAAUACUGAAGCUCAAGAAAUUAAUAUCACUAAGAGAAAGAUAGGCAGACCGCGGAAGUCGUCAUCAUCUGUGAUGCUAAGCCCCACAUCGCAAACUAGAUCAGUGCGCGAGUCGACGUCAAGGAAAUCAUUGCAAACCGCCGCUAACCAACUAGAGGUUGCUGAAAAUACAGCCAAAGAUAACAAGAGUUCUCCUAAGAGACAAAUAAAGACUCCAAGAAAAAUUCUAAAUGAAUCUCUGAGCAUCAACGAUGGAAAGAAUAUUCAAACCCGUCGUUCAAAACAGAAGCUGGAUAUGAGCAGUCCUGAAGACAACGUUAAGUACAUGCUUCGGCCUAAAAGCUUGAGGCUUUCAAAAUCACCGCCCAACAAGAAACCGAGGACAAAAAAGCAGAAAAGUACAAACGAAUCUUCGAAGAUGCCGCCUCCACCAAAUAUAUCACUAUUUAUGAAUUCCAUUGAUAGCACGCAAGGCUAUCAAGAUUCUGACGAUAGUCCUGUGAGAAUAGAUUCGAGGAAGAAGAAAAUGUUACAUCAAUCCAGUUUCAAAAUCAAAACUAGAAAUUCCUUACGUCGCUCUAGUAGAAGAAAGUCUCACCCUUAUGUAUACUGCGACGCUUACAACGACUCCAGUAAUUCAUCUCACAAUGGACCUGUAGAAAUAGUAGUAAGACAAAAUUCUAGUCCAAAUACAGACGUCUACAGAUCUGAAUCUUAUCAGCUUCUAAUGCCACAACAUAAGAAUUCUAGAAGUCAAUUAGACCCUAUUGAUGAAACAGUUCCCAUUAACAGUAACACUUAUUUUGUCAAUAAUUUGGAAUCAAUGUCCACUGAAGAAGUGAUCCACAAUAACUUUAACAGUCAUUCUGGUCGGGGUUCCAGCGAUAUUGGAAGUUCGAGUAAUAUAUCUCUGCCAAUGUCUCCAGAAUUGUCAGUUGUCGAGAAUAUAUCUAUCUCUAAAGAUAUCCUACAUUCCAUAGAUUAUUAUCCUACUAUAAAUGAAAUGCAAAGUAACGAUGUGAAUCAAGUAACGGGGUGUAGCAAAUACAUGAUUUCGGAUGUCGAUGUAUCCGUACCAUUGAUGGAACAAGAUUGUGGUCUGGAGAAUUGCAGUGAACCGGAAAAUGAUAAACCUGUUGUUAAUAUUACUGAACCUAAAGGUGUAGUGACAGAAUCGUUAGUGAGCAAAAUAGGGACAAUUAACAUUGAAGAACAGGUAACGGCAACAGAUACCCUGAACCAAAAACUGCACGAUUUGCUUUUGGAAAGUGCUAAAAAGAUAAAGGAUGCAAAUAAAGAAAGUAUGAUGGAUGUUGAUGACACUAAUGUUGGAACUAAUAAGAAAGCCAAAUCUAAAAAGAGAUGUUCGACUCCUCGCAAAAGGAAAGUCACUAAGAAGUCUAUAGUACCCACUGUAGAGCCAGUUGUGGAAGAACAUGUCGAGUCGUGUUCAUAUAGUGGCAGGAAAUCGUGUCCACCGCUAUUUCAAACGAUAGCUGCCGAUGAGAACAUCAUCAACCAAGAAAUAGCUAGCCUCACAAUUGAUGAUAAAAAAACUAAAGGUAAAGCGAGAAAAAAGAAAGAUAUCAUUAGAGUUAAGAUUCAAAGACCCAAAUCUAAGAAAUCUGAUGAAAAAUUGAAAGCACUGGCAGCGCACAACGCUAGCAAAAUAUCCAUUUACACCGACAGUGGUAUAAAUGAGUCGGGAGUAUUUCUACCCAUAGACGAUAGUGUAGAUCUUAUUCACAAUCAUUCCGAAACAUGUCUGCACGCCAACGAUUGCGUUGGGGAUAGCGUAGAGUUUAUAGAGAAUUCCAAAUCUGUUAUAACUCUGAACGAUUCUACGAAGUCAGUUGAUAACCUAUGGAAUAGUCGUUCGGAUUAUGAUGAUGCUGAAAAUAUAUCACCUGAAUUCUUUUGCAACAAUGCUCAAGAUGUUAACAGCUUUUAUAAAAAAACAAAUACAGAGAAUACAAGUGACACCGUCUACCACAGUCCCCGCGGUACUGAAGCGUCUAUCAAUAGUCUCAUAACCGAAGAUCUAUCAGAUGAUUUGCCGCCAGUAAAGCCCACUAAAUGGUAUCUAUUAAGUGAUGAAGAAACCACUAGCACAAAUCCAAAUAUGAUGAGCCAAGGAAUUACUAUGCUAAGUGUAGGUGAUGGGUCCAGUCUGAAGCAAUUAUUCCCAAUUGCUUGUGCUGUACCAGAUCUGUCUACUAUUACUGAAUUCUCAAAUGAAAAUGAUAGCAGAAAACCUACUUUAGAUUUAGAUGGUCUUUCUGCAGACGAUUUUAGUUCUCGUAUGUUUGAUUCCAAUUUUUAGAGUAAGACUCGGUAGUGCCUGGUGCCUACUUUUGCUGUUAUUUCUUUUUGUUAUUAUAAUGUGUAAUUUUAUGCAAAGAUUCAUUAAUGUUUAAUAUAUGUUUCAUAAUGGAA